AUGAGCGCGCCCACGCCGAACGGCUCCCGAUGGAGAGCCAGCCCGUUCAACAGAGGAUCAGCCUCGCCCUCGCCCACCCCGGUGGGCACCUCGAGUCGCCCGCCGUCUAUGAACCUGUCCACUCCGCUGUCGCCUGCCCUCACAAAGUCCCACGCUCGGGCUCAGUCCACCAACGCGUUAAUACCCGCCCGGGAUGGCUCGAUACGCGCUCGGUCAAAUUCACAUCGCAACAGCAUGCUUGCCGGCGGUACCUUUGCCCCCAAGUUCAUCAAGUCGGAGGAGAUGCAGAACGCACCGCAGCUCGUCCGCGGCAUCGACGGCGAAAACGACUUCGCCGGCAAGCGCUAUGUCUGGCUUCGGCACCCGGAAAAGGCCUUUGUGCGCGGAUGGGUUGUCGAGGAGCUUGAGGGAAACAAUCUGCUUGUGCAGUGCGACGAUGGCGAGCAACAAACCGUAGAUGCAGAUACAGUCGAUAAGGUCAACCCGGCCAAGUUCGACAAGGCCGGUGACAUGGCCGAGCUCACACAUCUGAACGAGCCAUCGGUAGUGCAUAACCUCCACAUGAGGUAUCAGGCUGAUUUGAUCUACACGUAUUCGGGCCUGUUCUUGGUUACUGUGAAUCCCUACUGCCCCCUGCCAAUCUACACGCGUGACUACAUCAACAUGUACAAGGGCCGGAGUCGGGAGGACACUAAGCCGCACAUCUACGCCAUUGCCGACGAGGCCUUCAGGAAUCUGGUCGACGAGGGUGAAAACCAGAGCAUUCUGGUAACGGGUGAAUCCGGUGCUGGUAAAACCGAAAACACGAAGAAGGUCAUUCAGUAUCUGGCAGCUGUGGCAACCAGCGAUGGCAACACUCCGGGCCGGAGGAGAGUCAGCGGUCGGCAGCAAAUGUCGAACUUGUCGGAGCAGAUUCUUCGGGCCAAUCCCAUCCUGGAAGCCUUUGGCAAUGCGCAGACAGUCCGAAACAAUAACUCCUCCAGAUUUGGAAAAUUUAUCAGGAUCGAGUUCACGCGCGCUGGUCAGAUUGCUGGUGCUUACAUCGACUGGUACCUCCUGGAGAAGUCGAGAGUCGUGCGAUUGAACCCGAACGAGCGCAGCUACCAUGUCUUUUACCAACUUCUCCAGGGUGCCACCGCCCAGAUGAAGCAGGACUUCCUCCUGGACGGCAAGGAUCUGGAAGAUUUCGAGUACACCAAGCACGGAAAUGAUACCAUCAGUGGAGUGUCUGACUUGGAUGAAUGGAAUUCUUUGAUCGAAGCCUUCAUUGUCAUGGGAUUCUCAGACAAGGAGCAGCAUGAGAUUCUCAGAACAAUAGCCGCAGUUCUUCAUCUCGGAAACAUAACAGUGAUCAAGGAGAGUCUCCGGGCUGACCAAGCUGCUUUGGAUCCCGAUGCAGAAGCCCAAGCCGACAAAGUUGCCCGUCUGCUCGGAAUCCCUGUCGAUCCAUUCAAGAAUGCUCUUCUGCAUCCACGGGUGAAGGCUGGCCGAGAAUGGGUCGAAAAGGUCCAAACACCGGAGCAGGUCCGCUUGGCAAUCGAUGCACUGUCAAAAGGUAUCUACGAGCGCGCCUUUGGUGACCUGGUGGAUCGAAUCAAUCGGCAGCUUGAUCGCUCCAAUGCUGGCUCUGAUGACUCGCACUUUAUCGGUGUCCUGGAUAUCGCGGGUUUCGAGAUUUUUGAAGAGAACAGCUUCGAGCAGCUGUGCAUCAACUACACCAAUGAGAAGUUGCAGCAGUUCUUCAACCACCACAUGUUCGUCCUGGAGCAGGAGGAGUAUGCAAGAGAACAGAUCGAGUGGAAGUUCAUCGACUUCGGCCGGGAUCUGCAGCCUACCAUUGAUCUCAUCGAAGUGUCGAACCCCAUUGGUAUUUUCUCCUGUCUUGACGAGGAUUCUGUCAUGCCCAAAGCUACCGACAAGAGUUUUACGGAAAAGCUUCACCAACUUUGGGACCGGAAGACGCCGAAGUACAGACGUUCGAUGUUCCGCCAGGGCUUCAUGCUCACUCACUACGCGGCCGAAGUUGAGUACUCGACAGAAGGUUGGCUUGAAAAGAACAAGGACCCCCUCAACGACAAUGUCACCCGCUUGCUUGCCUCGUCCUCUGAAAAGCACAUCGCCAACCUCUUCGCCGAUUGCGCUGACCCAGAAGAGGAGGCGGGCGCGACACGCAAUAGGGUCAAGAAGGGCCUUUUCCGGACUGUCGCCCAGAGGCACAAGGAGAACCUUUCGAAGCUCAUGGGCCAGCUGCACUCCACUCACCCUCACUUUGUGCGCUGUAUCCUGCCCAACCACAAGAAGCGACCGAAGCAGUUCAGCGCACCACUUGUCCUUGAUCAAUUGCGGUGCAAUGGUGUGCUUGAAGGUAUUCGUAUUGCACGCACUGGAUUCCCCAACAGAUUAACUUUCGCCGAGUUCCGUCAGCGAUACGAAAUUCUCUGCAAAGACAUCCCGAGAGGCUAUCUGGAGGGACAGGUUGCAGCCAAGAUGAUCCUGGAGAAUCUCGAUUUGGACAAGUCUUUCUACCGCGUUGGUCUUACCAAGGUCUUCUUUAGGGCAGGCGUCUUGGCCGAGCUUGAAGAGCAGCGCGACGUUGUGAUCAGUAAGAUAGUGGCCCGGUUCCAGUCAGUUGCACGCGGAUACAUGCAGAGGCGUAUUGCACACAAACGGCUUUACAGGGCCGAAGCAACCCGGGUCAUCCAGCGCAACUUCCAGGUCUACCUUGACCUUCAAGCGAACCCUUGGUGGCAGCUUUUCGUGCGCAUGCGCCCUCUUCUUGGUGCUACCAGACAAGCUCAAGAAGUCAAAAAGCGUGACGAAAUGAUUGCGCAGCUCGAAGAACAACGUCAGGCUGAACUUGCUGAGCGCCAAAAGAUUGAGGAUGAACGCCGCCGUGCGGAGGGCGAAAUCCAGCGAAUCCAGGAGACUUUGGAGAGUGAACGUGCGCUGGCCCUUGACAAGGAGGAAAUUUUCAAGCGUCUUCAAGCUCGCGAGACUGAGCUUGUUGAAAAGCUUGCUGAGGCGGAGGCGGAUUCCGAAAAUCUUGAAGAGCAACUGAGCGAGCUCAUGAUUGCCAAAAGGAAGACCGAAGAACAAGCUGACGAGUGGCGAAAAGAAUUGGAGCAAGCCGGAGAGAUCAUCAGCAGGCUUGAGGCUGAAAAGCAGGAGCUUGUCAACCAAAUCACGGAGUUGGAACUGCAGGUCUCUGACCUUGAAAAUUCCCGGAAUCAAAGGACUGAGGCCGAGGAGAAGCUUCAACAGGAGGUCAACAUGCUCAACAGCCACCUCUCGCUCAAAGACAAGAAACUCCAGGACCUGGAGGAGAAAAUGCUCAAGAACGACCAAGAACUGGAUAUCAAGCUGGCGACUGCAACCAAGGACCUCACAUCGGCUAAGAAGCAAGUCAAGGAACUCGUCGACGAAAACCGCGAGAUUAGGAAGCAAAUGUCGGAUCUGUCGAACAGCGCCACCAGUUAUGAAGACCUUGUCCGACGCAAAGACAGCGAACUCGCCAUCCUCAAAGCCGAGAAUAGGCAGUAUGAGGCCGACCGGCAAAAGUUCGAUACCGAGAAGAAGUCUUUGACGACACGUCAUGAGAACGUCCAAGCCCAGCUUCGUGAGGUCAAGGCAGAGAUGGAGGCUAUGCAAUCGGCCAAAGCUCAGCUCGAGCGUGAGGCUGCUGAUGCAAAGAGGCUUUUUGAGGCAAAGCUUUCAGAAGACGCUGAAUCCAUUGAGGACCGCAAGAUACUUGAGCAGCAGCUCGAGGACCUCAAAGCCGAACUCUUCCAGCUGCAGACCGAACUUAGCCGGGAGAGGCAAUCUAGGGAUGACGUGGAGAUGCUUGGCGAACAUAAGUUCAACGAGCUCAAGCGCGAUUUCGACUCCCUGAAAGAAGCCAAGGUUACCAUCGAGAAGGAGAUGUAUGUCCAGCAAGACGUUCUCCGCCGCGCCAACGAGGGCAAGGCAGCUGCCGAAAAGGAACGGAAGGACUACCAGGAUGAGCUCCGACAGAUCCGGCAACAAUAUCUCCAGCUCCAAGAGGCAAAAUUGGAGGCCGAUGCAAGUGCUGAGAAAAUGGUGGUGAAGGCAGCAAACGAGCGCCAAGCUGCCCUUCGCCAGCAGCUCCAGGCCAAGGACGCUCAAUUGGAGGAGCUUGAAGCCGAACGAACUCGCUUGAACAAUGAAGUCCAGGGCCUUACUCAGAUGAUCGCAGAGUCGGACACAUAUCGGGCGUACAAUGAUCAGCACAAGGAACGCCUUGAGCGCGAGCUUGUCACCAUCAAGGGACGCCUCUCUGCCUCUGAGAACGACAACCGCGCCCUGCUCAACAAGAUUCAGCAGAAGAACCUGGACAUUGCCAGAUCCAACUCCAGGGCUGGUGAAAGCCAACGUACGAGAAUCUCUCAACUCACGAAUGAGAAGGCGAAGCUCGAGGAGGAAAACAAGAAGCUCCAACGCCAAGUGGAGGAUUCCCAGCUUAUGAUCACGUCCCUCGAGAAGCAGAAAGAGAAGCUUUCCCUUGGCUUGGAGGACCUGAACCAUGAAGUCACUCGGGAGCAGAUGGCCAGCCGGAAUGCCGAAAAGUCGGCCUCGACUGCUAACCUUCAACUGGCAGAUGCGAAUCGCAAGCUGGAGACGGAGAGACAAUUGAGGACGCAAGCUCAGGCAAACAACAGAACCGUUCAGUCGACUCUCGAGAACGCCGAGGGCGAACUUGCAGAAUGCCGCAAUCAGCUUGUGCUUCUUCGCAAGGUCUUCGAACCUGAUGCGACUGAAGACGGGGAGGGCACUUUUGAGUCGGCCAAGGCCGGCAUUGAUAAGGCUGUUGACCUGGCGAAGAAGCUUGACGCUGCUCAAAUCGCUCUUCGACAAGCAAACGAGAGGGCCAUCAAUGCCGAGAUCUUGGUUGAGGAGCUCCGGGAACGUUACGAUGGAGAAAUCACCGAUCUUGACGCCAGACACUCCAACUCGAAACGCGCUCUGCUUGACGAACUGAACCAAAACCAACUGAACCAAGCACCCCCUCGACACCCUACAAGUGCUUGGCGAAAGGAUUCCGAGAACAAGCGCCCGUUCACGCCCCCCAACGGCACCCCGCUCGCCCAGCGACAGCUCAGCAAUGCCACGCACGACUCUGCUCGGUCAGAGAAGAGCGUCGACACUGUUACCUUCAACAACAAGAUGGAUCUUGCUUCCGAGCUUGAGAUGGUGCAAAACCAGCUCCAGAUGUCGGAGAUGCGCGCUCGCCAUCUGCAGAACCAGCUGGACCGCUCACCUACCAAGAACUGGGAGGAGGAGAGCCCUAGCAUGCGAAGAAUGCAGAAGCUCGAGCGUGAGAACUUCCGCCUCCACGACAUGCUCGACGACUCAGCAAGGAAGGUCUCGUCUUUGGAGAAUGACCUUCGCAACGGCCAGCUUUCGCUCACCGAAGUCCAGACCAAGUCGUACGAGGAGCUCUAUGAUCUUCUCAACUCUCAGGAGCAGGCAAGGAAGUCGAUUCUGCAGUCGCACAACUCUCUCGUCAACGAGUUGGCCGACGCAAAGACCGCUUUUGAUGAGCUGAAGCAGACUAGGCGAGAGAUGGAGGUGGAGCUUCGCGACAUGCGUGGAGAGCUCGAUGAUGUGAACUACGAACGCGAGCAGGAGGCUGCUAACCACUCCCAGCUUCUGCAGGAAUUCUCUGACCUUCAGAUCAGGCUAGACAACGAGCAAUCCAAGCUUCUCGAUGUCACGUCCAGUCUCAACCUUUACAAGAGCAGAGCGGACGAGUACUUCAGCAAACUUGAGCAAGCUGAGAUUGCCGUUCUCAAGGCGUCUCGCGCCGAACAGUUCGCCAAGACACAAUCCCGCGAAGCAGAAGACCAGUGUGCCAGCAUCAUGGCCGAACGCCAGCAGAUGGACAACAUGAUUGAGGAUCUGCAAAGACAGACGCAGCAGUAUGAGGAGCGUAUCGAGGACCUCUCUGCCGACCUCGAAGCUGCCCUCCAGGGCAAGAAGCGUCUUCAAAACGAGCUCGAGGACUACCGCAGUCAGCGUGCCAUCGACAUCGAGGACACCGAGGCGUCGAUGGAACAGACUCGCAAGAAGUACCAGGCUGAGCUGUCGAGCCUUUCGCAGGAGCUUGAGCAGGAACGCCAGAACAUCAUCCGCGUGCGCGAAGAGAAUGGUCGCUUGCACGAGGAGAUUGAGGACUGGCGUGCCAAGUGGGAUGAUGAAAUCCUCAACAGCUCGACUUGGGCGAAGGAGAAGAGCCGCUUGGAGAUGACCCUGCAGGACCUCAGCAAUUCUCGUGACGAGGCCGUCAACGCGCACAACGAAGCCCAGGGCAAGAUUGUCAACCUGCUCUCUCAAGUUAGGAAUCUCCGAACCUCGGUUGAUGACGUUUCUGCGGAGCGCGAUUCACUGCUCAAGGAGAAGAAGGGACUCGAGUCGCGUCUUGCUGAGGCAGCUGAUCGCCUGGAUGAGCUCGCCCGCAGCGAGAGCCCCAGCCUCAGGAAUGCCGCCGAAGUAGACCGCGAGCUGCUUGAACUCAAGUCCGGCCUCGCCCAGCAGGAGGAUAUUGCAUCUGCUGCUGUUGGCAAGAUGAGGCGUGCUGAGGCUUUGGGCCAGGAGCUUCAGAAGGACCUGGUUGCCGAACGUGAGGCGAACGUGCAGCUUCACACGGAGAAGGCCAGCCUCGAGAAGAAGCUCAAGGACUUGCAGCUUCGUCUCAUCGACCUGGAAACCAAGAGCUUCUCUUCCGCCAGCCAGGACGUCAAGUAUCUUCACGGACGCAUCCAAGAACUCGAGAAGUCUCUCGAGGAAGCGCACGCCACGCGCAACACCGAGUCUCGCGCCAACCGCGCCAUCGACCGCACGGUCAAGGACCUGCAGCAGCAGAUCGAGCGCCGCGAGAAGGCCAACGCAAGCAUCAGCGACGACCUCAACAAGGCACGCGAGAAGAUCUCCACCCUUCUAUCCACCAUCGACGAGCUCCAGUCAUCCGACUCGGCGCACCAGCUCGCGGCCAAGCGCGCGGAGCGCGAACUGCGCGAGGAACGCGAGACGCGGCUGCGCGUGGAGCGCGAGCUCGAGGGCUGGAAGGGCCUGCGCAUGGAGCGCCGCAGCGCGCUCGGCGUGCCCAACGGCGGCCAGUACGGCGGUGGUGCGAGCGACGCGGGCGGCGGCUCUAGACGCGAUAGCUACGCCGAGCUACUGAGCGAACUGCAGCCGCCACGAGCGCUGGGCGGGCCCGGCGGCAGCGGCAGCUUGAGGGGAAGCAUGAGACGCGCGAGCAACGGCACAAGGAACAGUUUUUUGUAG